AUGAGCACAGAAGAAAAUACUACUACUACUACUACUACUACUACAACUACUACUACGGAUACACCAGUUUCUACUGCUACUGAGAUUGCUACUAAUACCGAUACUACUGAUGCUACUACUGAAACUGCCACCACCACUACUAUCUCUACUAAUAUUAAUGAUAUGAAUGACAACAAAGACAUUUCAACAGACACUAACAACAACACUACUACUGCUACUAUAAAUAACAGUGAUAAAACAGAAGAAAACGAUAAUUCGAAGAGUGAAAACGUGCCAAUGAAAGAUGUCUCAAAAACAGAAGGUGCCACCCCCUCAUUACCACAUCUACAACUUGAAAUACAACAAAAACAACAGCAACAACAACAGCAACAACAACAACAACAACAAAAGGAUAAUGUAGAAAAGGAUAGCAAAAUAGAUUAUGAAAAAGAAGCCCAAACUUUGGAAGAUAGAGCUUUAAGAUUCUUAGCGAAACAAACACAUCCAGUAGUUGUGCCCUCGUUUGCUGCAUGGUUUAAUAUAUCAGAAAUACAUGAUAUUGAGAAGAGGUCAUUACCAGACUUUUUCAAUUCUUCAUCGAUAUACAAAUCUCCAAAAGCUUAUAAAGAUGCUAGAAAUUUCAUGAUAAACACUUAUAGAUUAUCACCUUAUGAGUACUUGACCAUCACUGCUGUUAGAAGAAAUGUCGCUUUGGAUGUUGCCUCCAUCGUGAAAAUCCAUUCUUUUCUAGAGACAUGGGGGUUAAUCAAUUAUCAAAUCGAUCCUAGAUCCAAACCUUCCUUAAUUGGCCCAAGUUUCACCGGUCAUUUUCAAAUUAUUUUAGAUACUCCACAAGGUUUAAAACCUGUUGUACCACAAACAAUCAUAAGUGAUUUGAUGAAUGAGAAGGAAAAAAUGAAAGACCAGGAAAAGGAAGAGGAAAAGGAAAAAGAAGAAGAAAAUAAAGCAGCUGAAACAACUACCGGCCUUACUACAAAUAUCCAAGAUACUGCUAAUACAAAUAUAACAGAACCAAAUUUAAUAGAGGAAUUUAAGAAUAAACAAGUGAAAUUAAAAGAUGUUCCACCAUUCCCAGUAAAUUUAUCGAUAAGAAAAAAUAUCUAUGAUUCCACACAGGAUUUUAAUGUAUUACAAAUACAAAAGAAAUCAUCAAGACAAUUUCAAAAGACUUAUGUUUGUCAUACCUGUGGGAAUGAUACGAUGACGGUCCGUUAUCAUAAUUUGCGUUCUAAGGAUUCUAAUUUAUGUCCUAGAUGUUUCCAAGAAGGCCAUUUUGGUGCCAAUUUCCAAGCAUCUGAUUUCAUUCGUCUUUCAAAUAAUUACAUUAACCAUAAAAAUUGGUCAGAUCAAGAAUUGUUACUAUUAUUAGAAGGUAUUGAAAUGUAUGAAGAUCAAUGGGACAAAAUAGUCAACCAUGUCGGGGGUAAUAAAAAUCUGGAAGAUUGUGUUGAAAAAUUUUUGACUCUACCAAUAGAAGAUAAUUACAUCAAUGAUGUUAUAAAUGCCAUCAAACAAAAGCGCCACAAUAAUAUCGAUACCUCAAAUGUUGAAAAUGACUGUGGUAAUAACUCCCUUAAAAGACUGAAUACAAUUAAUCAAGCUGAAGCUGUAGAAUUAACAAUCAAAAACUUAUUAGCUGGAUUACAUAAAGAUGUCAUUAAUGAGACAAUUCCAGAACAAUCAAAAGAGUUAUCAGAGAAAUAUUUGAAAGAAACACAAGGCGUUAUACAGGAGAUUGUGGGAUUAAUGAUCAAUAAAUUGGAAACAAAGAUGAAUAAACUUGAUAUAAUAGAAGGUGCUCUUGAGCAAGCCAAAAAAAAAUAUGUUAAAGAGACAGAAAAAUUAAUAAAUGAUAGAAUUUCAUUAAGUAAACAAAUUAAUGAAUUAAACUCUGAAUUAGCAUCAUUAAACGUCUCCAAAAAAUUAAUUUUAACUUCUGAUCAAGUAGAUUCCGGUAUUGAAUUGGUUGAAAACGAUAAAAACGAUGAAGAUAAUGAAGAUAAAGAUAAUACUGACCUACAAAAGAAAAUAAACAAAGAGAUAGAAGCUAUUUCUAUGAGGGAACCUCAAGUUUAUAAACCAUGGUCCUUGUAA